AUGGAUAAUGAGGCAGUCGAUACAACAAGUAUUAGAGAAGGUAUCUUAUUUUAUCAAGAUGCGGAUGGUAACACAGGUUAUUAUUGGGACUCUGAAGUUGGAAUCUGUGCACCUUCAUUAAUACCAACAGAAUCUGAAUUAUGGAAAGAUCAAGAAAUAUCAGAUCUUUUGAUUAUUGAAAAAAUUGAAUCUGCGGAAUCACUUGUUGAACCUGUUGAGAAAAUGUCUCUUUAUCCAUCCUCCAUUCCCGAAAGUCCUUCUUCAACAUUAAUUGAACCUGUUAGGAAUUUAUCUUUGAAUGAUUCUUCAUUAAAUAAUCAAGAGUCAUUAUACUAUGAUAGCAGCAACUUUAAUCUUUAUCGUCAAGAAUCAUAUUUAUUAACUGAUUUUUUCACUGAUUCAUGUCAUGAAUCUUUUGAAGAUGAUCCAGGUGGUGGAAAUUAUGAAGGAAAUGAUGAAAGAAAUUAUGACCGAAAUUAUGACCGAAAUUAUGAAAGAAAUUAUGAAAGAAAUUAUGACCGAAAUUAUGAAAGAAAUUAUGAUCGAAAUUAUGAAGGUAGUGAAAAUGAUGAAAAUGAUAGAAUUAAUAAUAAUGAAUUUAAUAAUUAUGGAUUUAAUAAUGGAUUUAAUCAUGGAUUUAAUAACGAAUUUAAUAAUGGAUUUAAUAAUGGAUUUAAUAAUUUGAAUGAUACUAAUGAUGUCACUAUGGAAGAGAGAAAAUUUGAUGAUAUUAAUGAUAUUGAACCACCAUCACCGACAUCUACACGUGAUCCAGAAAGUGAUAGUCAAUCAGAGGCAAUUGCUUGGGAAUAUUUGCAACAUUUUGUAGGUCGAGAAUUUCAAGAUGAAGCAGGAUUGGAUUAUGGUGAAAAUCCCGGUGGAAAAGUUUGGGAUGAUGAUGAAGGCAUGGAUCCAUCAGAAAAUCAAUAA